AUGGCGCCCACUCUCCUCCGGGCCUACAGGAGGCGCUGGUGGAUGGCGGUGACGGCGGUGAUUGAAAACCUGCUGUGUUCGGCGGUGCUGCUGGGCUGGGGCUCGCUGCUCAUCAUGCUGAAAAGGGAAGGCUUCUACUCCCACCUGUGUCCAGAGAACGACUCCGUGAUCCUGUCUUUAGGCAACUCCUCCAAUGGCGAGGUGGAGGAGUGGCCCAGCUGCGUGGACCAGGAGGAGAUGCUGAAUCUGGGCUUCACCAUUGGCUCCUUCCUGCUCAGCGCCACCACCCUGCCGCUCGGUAUACUGAUGGACAGGUUUGGGCCACGCCCAAUUCGCCUGAUGGGCAGUUCGUGUUUCGCUCUGUCCUGUGCCAUGAUGGCCGUGUCUGCCUAUGACCCUAAUGUUCUGUCAGCGCUCAUCUUCUUGGCUCUCUCCCUGAACGGCUUUGGAGGCAUCUGCCUGACCUUCACCUCGCUAACGCUCCCCAACAUGUUUGGCGCUCUGAGCUCCACCAUCAUGUCUCUGAUGAUCGGCUCCUACGCCUCCUCUGCUGUCACCUUCCCUGGAGUCAAGCUGAUCUACGACGCAGGCGUGUCCUUCCAGGCCAUCAUGUGGAGUUGGGCAGGUCUUGCCGGGUUUGUCUUCGCCAACUGUUUCCUGAACUGGCCCGCGGAAGGCUUCCCAACACCUGACGAGGUAGACUACAGUAAGAUCCUCACACUGCAAGAGGUGCCUGCAUCUGAGCUGAAGGGUGUUGGAGAGAGACUGAGCCAGAAAAAUGGAGACAUCCGACACUCCACAGAAAAACUUCCUAAUGGAUCUGACCCUGCUCCCAACGCGACUCCCUUCCGACGGUCCGUGUUCUCUCCCAUCUUCCUGUGGAGUCUGGUUACCAUGGGGAUGUCCCAGCUGAGGAUCAUCUUCUUCAUGGGGGCGAUGAACAAGAUGCUGGAGUUCAUGGUCACCCACGGCGAAGAGCAUCCAUCUGAGCAGCUGGUGAUUGAGAAAUUAGAGAAAGUGAGUUUCUACUCGUCCAUCUUCGGCACGCUGCAGCUGCUGUGCCUGUUAACGUGUCCUCUGAUUGGAUACAUCAUGGACUGGAGGAUGAAGGAUUGUGAAGAGGAGAAGACCGUCCUUUCAAGCACAGAGAAGAUACAGAGCACCGUACCCAAGAGAGACCGUAAGAUCCAGAAAGUGACCAACGCCAUGAGGGCCUUCAUCCUCACCAACCUGCUGCUGAUCGCUUUCGGAUGCUGCUGCCUCAUAGACAACCUGCCUCUACAGAUCUUGACCUUCAUCCUCCACACUAUGGUCCGAGGCUUCAUCCACUCCUGCUGCGGAGGCCUUUACGCUGCUGUCUACCCGUCCAACCACUUUGGCACUCUGACAGGCCUCCAGUCCAUGAUCAGCGCUGUGAUCGCUCUGCUGCAGCAGCCGCUCUUCAUCGCCAUGGUCGGACCGCUGGGAGGAGACCCCUACUGGAUCAACCUCGGCCUGCUCAUCUCCUCAUUGGCUGGCUUCCUGUUGCCGGGUUACCUGUUCUACCACCGCAGAUGCCUGGUGAGGGAAAAGGAGGCCAGAGACAAGCGGGCGGCCGGACAGGAGAUGCAGGCGCUCAACGACACCGAGGCCAACGGCUGUAAACCUCACAGCAACGGCCUCGCUGCUGUGGAGGCCUAGAGCGACAACGAUUGGGGGAACUGUAGGAUUUAUUUGUACGUGUGUCUUCAAAAUGAGCACCAGCAAUCUACGCAUCCACAUAUUUCUUUGUUUUGAUAUUUCAAGUGUUUUUUUGUCCAUUGCUGGUGCACAUUUCGCUCACCACAGAGCAAAUAAUAGGAUUCCUCAUGCUUUGUUACGACUCAGACCGUAUGUUCCUUGUGAUUUCCGGAGAAGAAGUGUCAUGAUUUGUUUAUUUAUUUUGGUUUUAGUGUAAAAGAGCCAAAUUAGUGUGAUUUAAAGCCAUAGAUUUCACUCACAAAGACACAUGCACACACCCUGGUAUGGUCUGCGUGUCAGACUGCGGAUAUCACGGUACUUGAAAUACUGUUAUAUAGUUUUCAAAGACUUCUAAAAAUCAUCACAAUCAACGCUAACACCAAAGAACAGCUUAACGAUAUUAGGAAAGUUAGACUUUCUACUUCAGUGUUGUUUCAAAAGUGUGCUUAAUGAAGCAAACUUUAGUAUAUUGUGCUGUUUCUACUGUAAUCCCCCCUGGCAAAAGCUAUAAAUAUACAUCUAUAAAACACUUUUAAAGCAUACAAGCAAUCAAAGACAUUUUAAAGCACCUGAAUAGCAGACCUCUGGUACGUAUAAAGAAGUGUUUCAGGUAUUUUCAGAGCCCAGUUAUUCAAACAGACACACACAGAUAGGCUGGUUGUAGAGACAUCAUAUCUACCUCCUCUGUUUCCUUUGUUGUACUGUCUCUAUGCAACUGACUCCUGUCUGUCCAUCAACGUCUUUAUUUUCACAUUAGGAACUAUUAAUCUUUUAAUUGUCAAAUACCCAAAAUGACAAAUUUAAUCAGUACAGAAUGGCUCCUUGUGCAUUCAUGUUUAUUUUUAGAGGCUUUGCUGAGUCAACCUUUGUAUUUCUGGAUUUUUUAUAUAUAUAUAUAUAUAUGUAUAUAUAUAUAUACAUACAUAUAUGUAUAUAUAUACAUAUAUAUAUAUAUAUGAAUGUUUAUAUAUAUGAAAAACAUUUUUGUUUUUAGGAAAAAUUCACAAGGAAAAAUAUGACUGACUUUUAAAAUUGUGACACAGUGUGUGUCAAUGUUAUGAAUCACUUUGUACUGCUUUAUGCACAGAAAUGAACUAGUGUGUGUAUAAAAUAUGUACUGUAUUUAAGUGUAUUUUUAUACUCUAGCUGCAGUAGCAUUAAAAAGGGAAGUGUUUGUUACAGUAUCAGUUAUUUUGUAGUGUGCCAAUUAUAAAUGACCCUCGGAUGAUUCGCUGUGUAUUCUGCUUUUGCCUUUUUGCUUUUUCUUCGUGUAUCGAUUGUGGAGCAAACAAACCUCCGUCAAAUUUGUAAAUAGAACUGAGGUGGUCUUGUAUUUUAUGACAUAUUCUGCUUGUUUUGCUAUAGGUGGGUGUGUACAGUGUAUUAACUGAUGGCUGAGGAGACACUGGCUGUUUUUAAUGUGAUUUUUCUCACACAUUACGAAGACAUUGUUUCAGCCAGCUGCAGAACAAAACAGAACCAUGUACGUUCUUCCAAAGAGACAACAAAAUGUGUCCAUCCUGUACAUGUUUGUUCUGCACACAGCAUCAGUAUCAUGUCGAUUUCUUUAAUCAGUUGUAUAUUUUUUAAAAUUUUUGACUCAAUCCAUUUCAGUGUCAAGACAGCUAUAGUAGAUGUUUCCUUUCUCGUCUGAUGCAUUUUUUCCCUUCUUACAUAAAAUGUGUUCAGCUUCUUGAAUCUUUUGCUUUCUCGAUAUGAAGGAGAUUCUGUGUUUUGUUUCAACUCCGUGCCUUGGCUGCCAUUUUGGCUUUAUUGCAAUAGAUAUGAAUGUAAGAUGCCUCUGGCAAACAUCUUUCUCUGUAAACCAAAGCCAUGUGUAGGGACUGUUAGCAAGUUGAUAGUACCGCACUUUCCUAAGAGGAAUGCCUUACAACACAAUGCAUUAGUCCUGCAGUAAAUACAGAAAAUACAAAGAAAAAUUCAGCUUCACUGUGAUUUUUGAGGCUGUACUUUUGUGUUGUUUAGUAUAAACCCUGUUAAGUGCAUUACAAUCAGUGUUGGUGAGGUUUUCCAGUUUGGUAUAUGUCAUUACUUUCCUCUUGCACAGUAUUUUGUAAUGUUUGAAACAAAUGUAACAGCAAUUCCAGCAACAACUAUCGGACCUCUUUGCCUCUCUGCAAGUUGCCUUAAAGGUCCAUAAGAAAAAAGUGGUUGUCAGAGCUCUGAAGUCUUUACAGUUGCUGCCUGAAUUGUUGGUGUUAAGUUUAAUCAACACCUCUGACAGUCUCUAAAAAAGCAAUUAGAAUUGCUUUGUCUGUAUUUUAAGACCAUCAUCUACAGUGGUUUAUCUAAUCUUCUCUCUUGACCCUUGGGGCUGAAGUCUUUAUAUGAGUUGCUAAAUGUACGCCUUUUUUCCUGCCUUCAAUCAAUAUAUCCUGCUUGUGCAUUUGAUAAACAAAUAAAUGAAUGAAUG